AUGUGGAUUUAUCUCAUAACCACCAACAGCUUGGUAGGCUUCUUUCCACUUUGGCCAAAUGUAACAUAUCUAAGCUUGUCAAGAAAUAGAUUUUCAGGGCCUAUUCCUUUGAACAUUGGCCAUGAGAUGUCAAAUUUACAAAUCCUAGGUCUUUCUAGGAAUAGUCUAACUGGCAGUGUUCCCCCUUCCUUGAGUAAAAUGAAGUCAUUGGAGGCUCUUGAUCUCUCAAGGAAUUAUUUCUCCGGAAAUAUUCCUAGGGAUUGGACUGGUUUGCAAGAUUUGGAGGUCAUAGACUUUUCAAAUAACAAUCUAUCUGGCGAAAUCCCAAGCUCCAUGUGCUCCCAACUACCAUCACUCAAAUGGUUGAGAUUAAGCAACAACAAUCUUUCUGGGAAUCUUGAGUCGUCUUUGCAAACUUGCAGAAAUCUCUCUGCACUUGAUCUGACAGGAAACAACUUUUCCGGCACCAUAGCAGAUUGUAUUGGAGAAAACCUUCAUACAUUGUCUUAUUUACUUCUAAAAGCCAACAAGUUCACAGGAAAUAUUCCUCAUCAAUUAUGCCAUCUCUCCUCUCUUCAGGUUUUAGACCUUUCCCAAAAUAAUAUAUCUGGCUCCAUUCCUGCAUGUCUUGGUGGUUUGAAACAAAUGACAACAGGAGAUAGCUUGCGUAGCGACAGGAUGAUGAACUUGACGUCGACUAAUCGUGUGCAUAUAGACUUAAAUGUGAAAGGAGUAGAAUAUGAAUAUAUUGAUCAUGUCAUAGGACUCAUCAAAAAGUUUGACCUGUCAAGUAAUAACCUAUGGGGAGAAAUACCAGAAGAGGUGAAAAAUCUUAUGGCAUUGGGUAGCUUGAACUUAUCCCAUAAUCAUUUGACAGGAAAGAUACCAGAGGGUAUCGGAAGCUUACAUAAGUUAGAAGCACUUGACCUCUCUAGUAACCAUCUUUGGGGUUUAAUUCCUUCAGACAUGACCUCUAUGACUUCACUAAGCAAAUUGAAUUUGUCAUUCAACAACUUCUCUGGGCCAAUCCCAUCAGCCAACCAAUUCCCCACCUUUGAUCCAUCCUCAUUUGAAGGAAACUCCGGACUUUGUGGACCCCCAUUGCCAAUCCAAUGCAGCUCAACGUCCCCUAAUGAUCCAGAUGUGAAGGUUGAGGAAGAUGAAGAAGAUAAGUAUGGAAAUUUAUGGUUCUAUGCAAGCACAGCAUUGGGGUUCAUUGUAGGAUUUUGGGUUGUUUUUGGAAGUUUGGUGAUAAAGAGGUCAUGGAGACAUGCUUACUUCCAGUUUCUUGACAAUAUGAAAGACAAGCUUUGCUUCUGUUUUUGGAAGUGACUCGUUUAUCGAGGAGUUUAAGGGCCUGGAAGAAGGUUGAUUGAACUGAAAAAUGUAUAAUAAUUUGUAAUUU